GUGGCGGCGGCAGCUGGGCCGCAGCGGCCGGCGGGGAGCUGCGGGCGGGCGGGGCGAGGCGGGGAGCGCGGCAAUUCGGGGCUGCGGGCACAGUGCACCUGGACAGGCAGCACCCGCGCCCUGACGCCUCUCGGCCCCCAGGGCACCCCCAGCCCCUCUGCGGAGGAAUCGCCGCGCGAGCGCCCCCCGGGCCGGCUCAGGACCAGUUCACAGGACUACGGACCAAAGGCUACUCAGGACACUGAACUCUUCGUAGUUGGCCCCAGCCAUGAGCCGGCGGGUGGUCCGGCAGAGCAAGUUUCGCCAUGUGUUUGGGCAGGCCGCAAAGGCAGACCAGGCCUACGAGGACAUCCGAGUGUCCAAGGUCACGUGGGACAGCUCCUUCUGUGCCGUCAACCCCAAGUUCCUGGCCAUUAUUGUGGAGUCUGGAGGUGGGGGUGCCUUCAUGGUCCUGCCUCUGGCCAAGACAGGACGAGUGGAUAAAAACUACCCACUGGUCACUGGACACACUGCCCCUGUGCUGGAUAUUGACUGGUGCCCCCACAAUGACAAUGUCAUCGCCAGUGCCUCAGACGAUACCACCAUCAUGGUGUGGCAGAUACCAGACUAUACCCCAGUGCGAAACAUUACGGAAGCCAUCAUCACACUAGAGGGUCACUCCAAGCGAGUGGGCAUCCUCUCCUGGCACCCCACUGCCCGGAAUGUCCUGCUCAGCGCAGGUGGUGACAAUAUGAUCAUCAUCUGGAACGUGGGCACUGGGGAGGUGCUCCUGAGUCUGGACGACAUGCACCCCGACGUCAUCCACAGCGUGUGCUGGAACAGCAAUGGCAGCCUGCUCGCCACCACCUGCAAAGACAAGACCCUGCGCAUUAUCGACCCCCGCAAAGGCCAGGUGGUGGCGGAGCGAGCCCGGCCUCACGAGGGCGCCCGCCCGCUGCGGGCCGUCUUCACCGCAGACGGGAAGCUACUGAGCACCGGCUUCAGCAGGAUGAGCGAGCGGCAACUCGCGCUCUGGGACCCGGAGAGGUUUGCGGCCCACGAGGGGAUGAGGCCCAUGAGGGCUGUCUUCACGCGCCAGGGUCACAUCUUCACCACGGGCUUCACCCGCAUGAGCCAGCGAGAGCUGGGCCUGUGGGACCCGGUAACGCAGCUGGACGCUGGGGGUGUGUGCCCGGGGGGCUGGCAUCACGGGAGAGGGCCCGCGCCCCACCCGCAGGCAUGCCCGCCUGGGGAGGGCUGGGGGCCAGCGGCCCACCGUGCCCACACCCACCCCUGCCCAGCUGUGCUGCGUCGCCUGAAGGAGCCGUGCUGGCGCCCCCACCUGAACAACUUCGAGGAGCCAGUGGCACUGCAGGAGAUGGACACAAGCAAUGGGGUUCUGCUGCCCUUCUAUGAUCCCGACUCCAGCAUCGUCUACCUGUGCGGCAAGGGCGACAGCAGCAUUCGGUACUUUGAGAUCACAGACGAGCCGCCCUUCGUGCACUACCUGAACACGUUCAGCAGCAAGGAGCCACAGAGGGGCAUGGGUUUCAUGCCCAAGCGGGGCUUGGAUGUCAGCAAGUGUGAGAUCGCCCGGUUCUACAAGUUGCACGAAAGAAAAUGUGAACCCAUCAUCAUGACUGUGCCCCGCAAGUCAGACCUGUUCCAGGACGACCUGUACCCAGACACGCCAGGUCCUGAGCCGGCCCUAGAGGCAGAAGAAUGGCUCUCCGGCCAGGAUGCUGAGCCUGUGCUCAUCUCGCUGAAAGACGGCUACGUGCCCCCCAAGCACCGUGAGCUCAGAGUCACCAAGCGCAACAUUCUGGACGUGCGCCCGCCUUCCGGGCCCCAUCGCAGCCAGUCGGCCAGCGACGCCCCCGUGUCGCAGCAGCACACGCUGGAGACACUGCUGGAGGAGAUCAAGGCCCUUCGCGAGCAGGUGCAGGCCCAGGAGCAGCGCAUCACAGCGCUGGAGAACAUGCUGUGCGAGCUGGUGGACGACACAGAUUAGCCACUGGCUCCCAGAGCUCGGCUCCUGGAGGGCAAAGCAGGGUGGGGCUCCAGGACUCUGCCCAGCCUCGGUUUGAAGUUCUGACCCCACCUCUCUGGGCUGUGGCUGGAACUGAACUGGGAAGUAACUUCACUCAGACCCGACCUGGCCUAGUGCCCACCUGGCCAAGGGCCUCUUCUGCUCAGGACUUAAGCAGGAGGUGGCCUUGGGGGAGCCAGGGUGACAGACUCAGCCAAGGUGCUGCACAGUGUUAGUGCACCUCUUGGGGACUUUAGGGGACUGGGAGGGAUAACAGAGGGCUCUGAACUUAACCUCAAAGGGGUGGCAAUUUGAAGGGUCUCUUCCAGAGUGGCUGGGGGGAAAGCACAGCACUUCUCCAUCCAUAUAGUUCACUUGAUCCAGCCCCAGAUGGGUGGCACCUCACAUUUGAGAAACACAAGCUAUUAGCUAUAGAGCAGGCUCCACGGGCUGUAUCCAGAGGUCUCUUCCUUCUUUCCAUCCGCAGGGGAAAGGGCACCUUUCUUGCAACACCCCAGCUGGAGAACGUAAUAACUAGUGUGAACCAACAGGUUUGCACCCACACACCACCCCCAGUUCCCUACUGUGGCCUUGCAACUAGAAGGAAAAUAAGACCUUACUGAAUGAAAUGUUUACCAAGUGCUCAGUCUGUACCUCCAGCACAGGGGUGAGACCCUGAAGCUCGGGGUCCCCUGACAACCACCACCCUUGGCUGGGGCCCCACCAGGCAACCUUUUACCUCAGAGCCCUCCCCCACUGCGGUGCAGAAGAAACACCCCACCCGCAGCUGGGCUUUCUUCCCCAGUAAAGCCAGGUAGGAAAAGCC